CCACUAUCAGCUCUCUUCAGGGCAAACGAAUCAUCAAACCCUUAAUUUCUUCAUUCAUUAAUUUCAUCGAAUCAAUGGAGGCCAAGAAAUCUAACGACAUCAUUUUCCGAUCAAAAUUGCCAAAUAUCUACAUCCCAAAUCACUAUCCACUCCAUUCUUACUGCUUCGAAAACAUCUCCAAAUUCAGUUCCCGACCAUGUUUAAUCAAUGGUUCCACCGGAGAAAUCCACACCUACGCCGACGUCGAACUCACCUCCCGUAGAGUCGCCGCCGGUCUAAACAAACUCGGAAUCAAUCAAAGAGACACCGUCAUGCUUCUCCUCCCUAACUGCACCGAAUUCAUCUUCACCUUUCUGGGUUCAUCCUUCCGCGGCGCUAUAACCACCAUGGCUAAUCCAUUCUUCACCAAAGCGGAGGUUGUGAAACAGGCCAAGGCAUCAAACGCGAAACUAAUCGUUACCCAAUCGAGUUAUCUCGAUAAAGUUAUGGAAUUUGCGUUGGAGAAUGAAAUCAUGGUGAUGUCAAUCGACGAAGCUGAAGAUGAAUCUGUUCUUCAUUUCUCGGAACUGACUAAGGUUGAUGAAAUUGAGAUGCCGAGCGUUGAGAUCCAACCGGAUGAUGUUGUCGCUUUGCCGUAUUCGUCGGGAACGACUGGAUUGCCGAAAGGGGUUAUGCUUACACAUAAGGGUUUGGUUACAUCGGUUGCGCAACAAGUCGAUGGAGAUAAUCCGAAUCUGUAUAUUCAUAGUGAAGAUGUGAUGAUGUGUGUUCUUCCUUUGUUUCAUAUCUAUUCACUCAAUUCUGUUCUUCUCUGCGGUUUGAGAGUUGGGGCGGCGAUUCUGAUUAUGCAGAAAUUCGAUAUCACUUCGUUUUUAGAACUGAUUCAGAAAUAUAAGGUCAGCAUCGGACCAUUCGUGCCGCCGAUUGUGCUCGCCAUCGCGAAAAGUCCGGUCGUCGAUAAGUACGAUCUGUCGUCGAUCCGGACCGUUAUGUCCGGAGCGGCGCCGCUUGGAAAAGAAUUGGAGGAUGCUGUCCGGUUGAAAUUCCCAAAUGCAAAACUUGGUCAGGGUUAUGGAAUGACGGAGGCGGGUCCAGUUUUAGCGAUGUGUUUGGCGUUUGCGAAAGAACCGGUGGAGAUAAAAUCAGGCGCUUGUGGUACAGUAGUGAGAAACGCUGAGAUGAAAAUAGUUGAUCCUGAGACCGCUGAAUCGCUACCUAGAAACCAACCAGGAGAGAUCUGUAUUAGAGGAGAUCAAAUCAUGAAAGGUUACCUAAAUGAUCCAGAGUCAACAGAAAUGACCAUAGACAAAGAAGGAUGGCUGCACACAGGAGACAUUGGCUACAUUGAUGAAGAUGAAGAGCUUUUCAUUGUGGAUCGUCUAAAAGAGCUGAUCAAAUACAAAGGUUUUCAAGUCCCCCCAGCCGAGCUCGAGGCCUUGCUCGUCAACCAUUCAGACAUCUCCGAUGCUGCAGUUGUUGGAAUGAAGGAUGAUUCAGCAGGAGAGGUGCCAGUGGCGUUUGUGGUGAAAUCAAACGGGACGAAUAUAACCGAAGAUGAGAUCAAACAGUAUAUAUCGAAACAAGUGGUGUUUUACAAGAGAAUAGGGAAAGUGUUCUUUGUGGAUUCAAUUCCAAAGGCUCCUUCUGGCAAGAUCUUGAGGAAAGACCUAAGAGCCAGAUUAGUUGCUGGUCAUUUUUAACUUUUAUUACUAUUAUGUAUAAUGCAACUCCAAGCUUGUCAUAAACAAUCCUUUUCUUUUAUUAUUAUUAUUAUUAUUACUAUUAUGAUUUUUAUCAA